UAACACUUUGUAUGUUUCUUUGACAGCUGCUGGUGCAUGUUACUAUAAGUCAUUGAAAGAUGCUUUCAAGCGAAAGCAAAAGAGACAAGAUGGAAAACAUCGCCAAAUUUGCAGGAGACAGGGGCGAGUCAGAGAUAAAAUGCAUAGAAGGAUUAAUGCCUUGCAAAACAUGGAUUGCACCCAAGAAGAUCGGGCUCGCAUUGAGGACAUCUUAAAGCUGGAUUAUACUUCCAGCGAUGAAAGCGAGUACUCAGAAGACGAAGACGGUACCCUUGUUCUGAUGGGUUACAAAACAAAAAAGCUGCCAUGGGAAAAGAAUUCCCUCACAAGAGUCAAGAAGAGUUUAGAUGUAGAGUACAUGGAAAGUUUGCCAGUUCGAAGUCGGCGUGGACUUCUUCCAAGAAGGGUCCAUUCAGUGCCUUCUUCAAGGCAAAUUCCAUUAAAUGCACCUUCAUGGGCAGCUAGAGUAGAAGUUACACAUUCAACACCAAGGGAUUAGGUUAAAAAUGUUAUUUUUUUAAUAAUCUGAUAUAUUUUAUU